GACCAGCGCGCGAUCGCGGGGCGUCCUAGCGCCCUCCGUCCGGGCGGCGGUCGCGGGCGGGCAAGAUGAUCGGCGCGCCGGACGUGGUGGCCUUCGCCAAGGAGGAGGCGGCGGCGGAGGAGGCGGCGGCGGCGGCGGCGCGCGAGCCCGGCCUCCCCGAGGAGUACUCGGUGCCGCUGCUGCCCGCGCCCGGCCGCGGCGCCCACCCGUGGGCGCGGCGCGGGGGCCCGGCGGGGGGCGCGCCGCCGCCCUUCCCGCGCGACUUCCUGCUGGUGGCGGAGUUCUCGGAGCAGGUGGGCCCGCAGCCGCUGCUGACGGUGCCGGCCGGGGAGGCGCCCGGCGGCUUCGACCUGAACUACUUCGCGCUGCGCAUCAUGUCGGUGGACUACCAGGCCUGCGCGGCCGGCGCGGCCCCGGGCGGGCCCUACCCGCGGCUGCGCUUCGCCCGCGACUCGCAGGUGGUGCUGGGCGACUCCAAGGCGGGCGCCUUCGCCUACGUGCACCAUCUGACGCUCUACGACCUGGAGGCGCGCGGCUUCGUGCGGCCCUUCUGCCUGGCCUACGUCUCGGCUGACGAGCGCAAGGUCAUGCGCCUCUUCCCGGAGCUCUCUGCCCAGUUCUCGGGCGCCUCCGAGGCGCUCAAGGCCGGCAACCGGCGCGCCUUCGCCCGCGAGCUGGAAAAGAAGCUGCACGACCUGGACUACACCCGGGCCGUGCUGCACCGCGAAACCGAGCUGCAGAAGCGCAGCCAUGCCCGGGGCUUCUACUCCUCCCGGGCCAUCGAGAAGGCCAACGAGCUGGCCAGCGUGGAGAAGGCCAUCAUUGAGCACCGCGACCUGCUCCGGCAGAUCUGCACCUACCCGCCGAGCCGGUGGAAGCAGGCCGGCCUGCCCCCCUGCGACGAGGACACCCGGCCGGGGCUGCCUGCCGACGAGCCGCCCCCACCGCCGCAGCCCUGUCCCCCGGGCUCCUCCUACACCCCGAAGCUCAUCCAGGCCAAGUCCUCCAAGUGCUUCGACAAGAAGCUCAAAACCCUCCAGGAGCUGUGUGAGGAGCGCUCCUUCAGCCAGACCCUCGACUGGCUGCACCGGAUUGAGAAGAUGUUCAGGGGCGACGUGUGCUACCUGCUGACCAACCGGAUCAGCAGGGCGCUCUUGAAGCAGCAGGCCUUCGCUGGCUUCCUUUUCGAGGACGUGUCCCUCCUGGACAACGGGCAGCCGGAGAAGCCCUCCGAAGGCUGCCGGGGACGGAACCCGGACCGCCCCGACGACGCCGGUUCAGAAAGCUGCCCCGGUCCUGAUGCGUCAGUCGACCCUGAGUCUUACAAGUCUAGUGUGGAGUCUGUUCCUAUUAAAAUGGAUCAGGAGGUGGAGGACAGCCAAGAAGCAGAGGCCCUCCGCCCGGCCCCCUUUGAGAAUGCGGAGCUUCUCGAUGUAGACCUGAAAGGCAGCGUCAGCAGCGGCGAGAGCAUUGAAGUCUUGGGAACAGAGAAAUCGGUGACUGCCUCCAUGCACUCCGAAAGUCAGCCCACCUUGCCACGCCCCCCCCCCAGCCCCCCCGUGGUGAGGAACAAAGCGGCCAGCAGCAGGACCAUCAGUGGGGACAGCAUCGAGGUCCUUAGUACCUGCCCCUCGGAAGCCCUGAUGCCAGACGAUUUUAAAGCGAGCUACCCAAGUGCCAUUAACGAAGAUCCAUAUGGAGGUGAGGAAGAUGAGGGCUUUCUCUUUGACCGCCUUUUAAAUCUAGGCGCUGAAGAGGAAGCGGAAGGCCACCCUGCUCCUGAACCCCCCCCAGGGGACACGUCUUGCUGCAUUGGAAAAGAGAGCCCCAACUUUCUUGAGGGUCAAGCUAACGCGCCCCCCAAACAUUGCGAUGAUGACGGCGUGGUCAGUAUCCCCCCGCAGCCAUACAGGCUGGGCGAUGCGGGGUUUCAGGCAAACUUCACAGAUUGCUCCCAUGACGGGGUCUUGGGAGGCCUCCUGGCCUAUGAACUCGACCCCCAUUACCUCUCUGGCAGCCCAGAAGCCAGCAAAAUGAGCCUGGAUAAAUGCUCAGACUCCACAGGCUACAUUAGCAGCACGGUGUCCACCAACUCGGACAGAACGCCCUCCCCUGCUGCUCUCAUCGGGGAACGGGCCAAGAAGGCUGGGCAGAGCGCCUUGCGCUUCAUCAGGCAGUACCCCUUCGCUCACCCAGCUAUCUAUUCUCUGCUGAGCGGGAGGACCCUGGUGGUGCUGGGGGAAGACAAGUCCACUGUGGAGAGGCUCAUAACGGCCCUCUCCAUUUUUGUCCCCAAUUGCGGUGCAUAUGCCAAGCCCGUGAAGCACUGGGCCACCUCGCCUUUGCAAAUCACAGACUUUCAGAAGUGGAAGCUGGUUGGGCUCCAGAGAUCAACCUCUCCAGGCGGCCCCAGCAUGAUGCAUUCUCUCAGCCGGUACAGCCGGUACAUCAGCGUGCUGGACGCAGACCACAAGACUCUCCGCUGCCCACAGUACCGAGGGAACCUGAUCCUCCGGCUGGCUGAUCACCGCACCCAGAUCAAGCGGGGGAGCACCUACUACGUGCACGUACAGACCAUCCUCACCCAGCUCUGCUCCAAGGCCUUCCUCUACGCUUUCUGCCAUCACCUGCACCUGCCCAUCCGGGAGGGGGAGACGGAGGACUCCGUGACGUCACGGCGGGAGAGCUUCUUGAAAGUCCAGCUGGGUCUGGCAAACGAGGACAGCAAAGUGGUCCAGCAUCUCGCCGAGCUUCUGAAACUGCAGUACAUUCAGGAUCCCAUCCGGGGGGUCAGCCCAGUGCUCAGGUUUGAUUAUGUGCCGAGCUGUUUGUACAAAAUUUAGGUGGUGUCCAGCCUGCCCUGCCACUCCCCUCCUCAUCCAGCAUUCAUCUGUGGCUAUGUACAGGCUUCUUUGGUUCCAUGAGUGUCCUGUGAGUCUGUGGGAAUCCCGAGAACAAUGUAGGUCAAAGUGAGUCUCCAGACAUCUUGUGCCACUGUCAGGUUGCUCUUAAAAGGCAGGAGGGUGACACCUGUAUAGAGGGGUGGGCUCUGCAGCCGAGGGAAAACCUCUUGUGCCUGGUAGGCAUCGUGGACUUGAAAAAGCUGCAAGAGAAUGUGUAUAAGCAAGUUCUGUCAGCUGGGUCUUUUAGAAAUUUGUGGGACUCUGGGUGAGCACAGUAGAAUUUGGGCUUGUUUUCUGCUCCCUGCGUGGAACUUCUAAGGAGAUCCUACCUCCAAUGCAUCUCCUUGGAUGUGGAAUGAUAUUGCAACUAAUGUUACUGGGUAGGCAGCCGGCUGUCGCUUCUGAAAUGAAACGCCUGGCUGGUUUUAUUUCCCCUUUUUCGAGCGUAGGGCAGUGUUCUGAAACCGAAUCUCGUUUCUGAUUCGCCGAGAAUCUUCCAGAGUGAAUUACAGCUUCUAGCUCAGUGCCAACCACCAUUUAGCCAUUACUUUGUGACAAGCACGCUCCGUACUAGCACAGCAACAAAGAAGAAAAUUUGGGUUAAGACUGGGUAGCAAAUAUGGAGAGAGUUCAGUUUCUGGGCAUAUUUAAGAGACCGUAAAAUUUGCCUGCCUGUAAUCCCCGUCUCUAAGAGUUGCUUAGAAAGCGCCAUCUAGCCACCGAGGCACCACGGCGUUUGCAGAGGGCAUCCUUGACUUUAGGAGGCUGGAACCUGAAUGCCAGGCGGAUCUGCCCCUCCAGCCCUUUUGGGAGCAGUCCGAGUUGCUUCUGCAAACCAGGAGAACUUGCAUGAGCUGAUCUGGUGCCGGCUGACCUGCACUUGUAGUAUUUGUAGAUGUAGCACACCCCUUCCGGGGGUCCUGAGAGAGAGAAAGCUCCCCUCCCCGAGAAACUUUCCUCUUCUCUUACUGCCGGCCCCUGCCCUGUCUCCUUGCUCCCUACUGACGCCAUCACUUUCCAAGCAGCUUCUUUCAUCCCUGCAUGUUUGUUCCCAGAGAUUUUGCGUAGGCAGUACUUAGGAGAAAAUAAAAUUGGGAGUCUUCAAAGAAAUCCAGGCAGCCUUCCACGUGUUUGUGCUAUUAAGACACGUACUGAACAAGGACUGGGAGAAACAAUAUACUCGGCACCAAGUGACUAUGAUUUAAAAAAAAUGUAUAUUUAAAAAAAGGAAAUUAUUUAUUUGGGCGCAAAUAUUUUUGAAAUACAAAUAUAUAUAUAUAUAUAUUGUUGUAUUUUUUAAAGCUUAUAUAACCCUUGCACUCAUGGUAAAAUUCUUAAUUUUAUUGUGCUUAGUAAAAACUGUCCUGACCGUAUGUUUGGGCUCGUGUGUCUGGUGCAAUGGAGGCAGCUGUUGGUGAUGGGAAGAUAAUGGCAAGUGGAGAGGAAUCUGUGUCAAACAUGUUACUAAAUUUGUUAUUAAAAGUGCCCCUUUCCUUGAACGGCACAUGUUUUUUGGAAACUGGAAAUGCAAACCAUGGGACAAACUCAGGUGUGCGAGACAAAAAUUCCCUGCGUUGUUUAGCUUCCUGGUUUCC